UAUAAAUAGACAUUUUCAUAAGAACCCAAUCAUAAAACAUACAACAACAACAAAAAAAAGAGAAGAAAAACUAAAGUAGAAAUAUGGGGAAAGUAAUAAGCAUGGCGUUGAUAAUGAUGAUAUUGGCAGUGAUUGUGAUAGAAGGCGAAGCAAAAUCGGAGAUAGAAUGCAGUAGGAUUUGUCGAAAUCAUUGUAAACGCACAUCACCGGUAUCAGAAUGUGCGGCUUGUCGUAAAAAAUGCUACCAAUCUCCACCGGUUGCAAUGAGAGCCAGGAACCGUGUCACAGAGUCGGAAGAACAAAAACGUCAAUAAAAUAUAUUAUUUGUUUUGAUUUAUAGAAAAAUUAUAUGGUGAUUUUAUGAAUGAAGGAAUCUAUGAUUAUGAACUGUGAUGCUUCUCUCAAGUACGGAGAUAAGAACUUUCAGCAAACUCUUAGACACAAGAAAUUUAAA